UAUUGUAUCAGACGGUCUGACCGAAACUUUCGGUCGGACCAUCAACAACUUCCAUGAAACCUGUGCGUCUGCACAAAACCAAAACAAAAGAAAAGAAAUAAGUUUGAGGAGAGAGAAUGGACCUGAAACAUAGAGAAAUGAGAACCUGCGUCUGCACAAAACCAAAACAAAAGAAAAGAAAUAAGUUUGAGGAGAGAGAAUGGACCUGAAACAUAGAGGAAUGAGAAGAGAAUGAGGAGACAGCUUGAAAUGCAAAAGAAAGAGAAUUUGCAUCUGGGAAAUUAAAGAAAGAGAAUUUGCAUCUGGGAAAUUAAAGAAAGAGAAUUUGCAUCUGGGAAAUCAUUACAACGAAGGUGUUCGACUGGCAGUGGAGGAAUCACCCAAACAACGAGUAAUCUGAAGGAUAAAAUUACUUGAGAUUUCCACCAUUCACAACAAAUUGAGGUUAGAAGUUUUCUUCAUUCUUUGAAAUUACUUGAGAUUUCCACCAUUCACAACAAAUUGAGGUUAGAAGUUUUCUUCAUUCUUUUCCUAUUUUCCAUUUUCAGUUGGACUUUAUUUUGUUUCAGUUGAACUUUGUUUUGUUUCAGUUGGACUUUGUUUUGUUUCAGUUGGACUUUGUUUCGUAAUAUGUAUACCAACUGAAACAAACAAUGGACCAACUGAAACAAACAAUGGACCAACUGAAACAAAAAAUGGACCAACUGGAAGAAAUAAUGGACUAACUGAAAAAAAAUUAAGACUAACUGAAAAAAAAUGAAGACUACCUGAAAAAAAAUGAAGACUACCUGGAAAAAAAUUAAGACUAACUGAAAAAAAUUGGAACCACCUGAAAGUCGUUCGACCAAAGAUUAUGGUCGGACGAGUCCGACACAAUACGUUCUCAAAACAAUAUCUAUACAAAUAUAUAAAAAGACAACCACUAGGUUAAGUUGUAUUUAAUGUUAUUAUCAUAAAGUAUUAUAUUAAUAAAUGAAAUUUUUUUCUUACCCGGGCAUAACCCGGACCUAAUAACUAGUUUGGUAACAAAACGUGUCCCGUUGUAUUAAAAUAGUUGUGUGCCAACCCCCAACAUAAAAAUACCUUUUCACCUUAGCAGAAUAAAAUGGUACAUUCUUCCUAUAAAAAAAAAAAAAUAGUUGUGUCAUAUCAUGGUGUAUGCAUACUAAUUAUUAACUAGAGGCACUUUAGGAAUGGGGAUUUUCCCUUACCAUUCUCCCCUAUUUUUAAGGGGUCUUGCCUGCAAACCUGAACCAAAUUGACCUGUGCUAAAUCUCGGUCUGGUUAGAACGCCUUCUCCUUACCUUUAAAAAAAAUAUUACCAAAUACAGCAUUACUAACAUCAGCUAAAAUUAUCACAUAAAAUACUCGAAAACAAAAAAAACAAAAACAUUGCAUAAUAUGAAGUAUAAUCAACUUGUUUUUGUUUUUCAAGUACAAAAAGAAUAGGUGAAAGAGUGCACUGUGCACACUUGACUGGUUUGAUUAGCAAUGAAGCCUGUAGGCUCAUGUAUCUAUAAAUUGCGUCCAAAGAAGCAUAUAUAUUCAUGACAUCUUACUAAAACAUUAACAAAGUUAUUUAAGUAUAAUACAAUCAACAAAAAUCUUCUUACAUUAAAACCAAACCUUCCAAGCUACAUACAUUUAUUUCCUUUAAUUGAUAGUUUUCAUUAUGGGAGGGUUCAAAGUAAGAAGGCAAGAAACAGUUUUUGUGGUACCAGAAAUUCCAACAAAAAAUGAAUCAAUAGUACUAUCCAAUAUAGAUGAUCAACCAGGUGUUCGAGUUCAAGCAGUAGUGAUCAUGUCUUUUAAAGGGAGGCAAUUAGAAGAAGGGAAAAAUGAUGAUCCAGCAAAAGUGAUCAAACAAGCUCUUGCUAAGACACUAGUCUACUACUACCCUUUCGCCGGCCGGAUAAGGCCGGUAGCUGCCGGGAACAACCAGAAGUUGAUCGUGGACUGUAACAACAAGGGAGCCUUAUUUAUUGAGGCAGAUGCAAAUGUUACUUUGGAGGAAAUUCAAACUCAAAUUCUUCCUCCAUGUCCUUUGUUAGGGGAACUUCUUUACGAUGUUCCUGGCUCAAGUGGGAUCAUAGGUUGCCCUUUAUUGCUAUUUCAGGUGACGCGCUUGUUGUGUGGUGGGUACAUCUUAGCUAUAAGAUUCAAUCAUACCAUGUGUGAUAUGCUAGGAUUCAUGCAAUUCCUUUACGCAAUGGUCGAACUCUCAAGAGGUGCACAAGAGCCUUCUAUCAUGCCUGUUUGGCAAAGGGAGCUUCUAUGUGCUAGGUACCCUCCAAAAGUGACUUGUACUCAUCACGAGUAUGAAAAGGCAAAAGACAAAACAUAUGAGCUAGUGAAGGAGGGUGGAAGCAACAUGAACCAAGAAGGCUUCUUCUUUGGCCCUGAAAAAAUUGAAGCAAUUCGCAAUCAUCUACCAUCUAAUCUUCGACACUCGUGUUCGAGCUUCGAAGUACUAUGUGCUUGUGUAUGGCGAUGUCGUGUAUUGGCCUUACAACCAGACCCUGAGGACAUAGUUCAAUUUUCCAUGACCGUUAGUGUACGGGAAAAUAACAUCAUUGUGUUGCCUUUAGGAUACUACGGCAACUCAUUUGUUUCACCCGCUAUAACAACAAAAGCUAAGGAAUUAAUGCAUGAUACUUCACUAGCUUAUGCCUUACAAUUAGUGAAAGAAUCAAGAGAUAAGGCGAAUGAAGAGUACGCGAAAUCGAUGAUAGAUUAUAUGGUUAUGGAAGGAAUGCCAAACUACUACAAGCAAAAUUUAAGUUGGAUGGCAACAAAUCUAACACGAAAAGGGCUUGAAUUCGUUGAUUUUGGGUGGGGAAGUCCAUCAUAUUCUGGAGUUCCUAAGGGAACUUCACUUGUUAGCACUUUUACAAGGUUUAAAGAUGCUAAUAAGAAAGAUGUAAUAGCUGUUGUUUUGGAGUUACCAAAGGAGGCUUUGUUAAGGUUUCGAAAGGAGUUGGGAAGAUUUGUUGGAGAUGUUUCGCGGCCCAUUUUUGCGAGAUCAAGACUUUGAUUUUGGUAGAGCAUUGUUUCAAUCAUAUAAUGAGGUUCGUUGCUACUUCUUUAACAAGAAUUUCCUCUAGGUACCCUCACACGGUCGUACAGGUGUCUAGGAUCACUCACUCAGAUGCCCAAUAAGCCUCAAAUCCCUCCAUAAGUUUCAUUGCUAUUAAUGUUUUGCUUACUAAAUUUUUAAUUGUGCGUAUGAAUUUUGUAAUACAAUGGAGAGUAUUUCUCCUUG